AUGUUGUUGGGAAUGCUUGCGGCUGGAGCCGAAGGCAAAACUUUAGAACAAUUGUUGGAAUUCCUUGGACAUGAAUCUAUUGACCAAUUUCUUUCCGAGUCACCAAGUGUCAAACUUCUUGCACGGCUUUUAUCAGACCAAAGUCGUGGCGCUGGAAAAGGUCCUGAGAUCGAUCUGUUUAGCAAAUGGUUUAUGGAGGUUCUGAAAAGCGUUUACAAAACAGAAGUUGAAUUUAUGGACUUUAAAGAGGAGGCCGUUAGCAAAAUAAAUUCUUGGGUAGACGAGAAAACUAGAGGUUUGAUCCCCAGGAUCAUUAACCGGGAAGCUUUGAAAGGUGACCAGGUGAUUACGCUUGUGAAUGCUUUGUAUUUUAAAGGAAUGUGCUCAAAGGAAUUCUACUAUGGUUCUUUUGAAGGUUACAAGAUCCUCCAAAUUCCAUACGAAGGUGAAGGCCGAUCAAUGAACAGAUUCUCCAUGUAUAUGUUUCUCCCCUAUAGGAAAGAUGGAUUGCAGGAACUCCUACAAGUUUUUCAUUCUAAUCCUGCUUUAUUUUGUACAUGGUUUUACCUUGAACCACAUUAUAUGGAAAAGCUAUUGAUACCCAAGUUCAAGAUAACAAAUGAAUUUGAUGUUGGAAACGUUGUGAAACAAAUGGGAUUAACAUUGCCUUUUGAAAGUACGAAUAUAGAGUUUAGCCGAAUGGUGGAGCCAAGUGUAUAUGGAGAUCAUGUUUAUGUCUCAAAAAUACUUCAGAAAUCUUUUAUUGAUGUAUAG